ACCGUUCAUCAGGUUUAUAUUUUAUUGUACACUGUGCAGCUGUGACAACAUAGUCUCAGCGUCUGGCUUACCCAUUAGCUUGUCUCCACUUUGGUUUAACCGUUUAGCUGCUAUUCAGCUGCUGUUAGCUAGCUAGCAUGUUUUACUAAGAGUGCUUUGGAUAAACCUGGUGUUUUCAAAUGUAGGUGUAGGUGCUGUGUACGGACUCCGACGAGGACGUGAUUUUUGUUUCAGAGAAGUCUGCAUCUAAGUCCCAAGAGAUCUGUAUUGACGAGGAGAAGCGAUUAGCCCUACAAAAAGACAUUGAUCAGGAGUCUCUUCCCUGGCAAUCAGUCAAACCCUCGACAAACCAGAGGUCUGUUGCUGUGGAGAGUCCAGUGGAAAUGGUGAAAAUGAAGACAGAAGAAGACAAGAGUGAGGAGAAUUGUAUUAAGAAAGAGAGGAAAUGCAAGAAAGGACAAGUCUAUGACGAUGGGAGCCUAGCAGAAGUGAAAAAAGCAAAGAAGAAAAGCAAAAAAAAGGAAACUGUGGUUAUAGAAGAAGAGUUGUGGGAUGGAGUUGGUGAAAAGGAGGAGAAGAAAAAAAAGAAGAAGAAGAAAGUUGUUCAUGAAUCUCUGAACAAUGCCAAUGGUUCUGAUGUCACAGAGUUAGCAAAAGACGAAGGAGUCAGCAAAAAGAAGAAGAAGAAGAAGCAGCUGGCUGAUAAUAUCAGUCAAGUGGAAAUUGCAAUUACAAGUUCAGUGAAAGAAGAAGUGGAAAAGAAACAAAGGAAAGAGAAGAAAGUAAAGGAUAAGACUGCAGAAGUUAAAGCUGAGAAAGAGGAGGAAGAAGAGCAACAAGAUGGAAAGGAUAAAGUGCCAAAGAAAGUCAAGAAAGCAAAAAACAAUGUUUUAGCUGCGAUCACAGAGGAGAGUGAGGAGCCAAGCAAAGAAAAGAAAAAGAAGAAAAAGAAAACCACUGAGGAAGAAACAGGUGUAGCUGUGGAGGGAGUAAAUGCAACAAAAAAGAAACCUAAAGUGCCUGAGAAUGGAGUGAAGUUAGAGCCACAGAGUGACACUGAGGUUGAGGAGGUAAAAAUGAAAAAGAAGAAAAAGAAAGACGCCAAGACUAAAGAGGAUGAAAAUGGAGUAGAAACACCUGAGAUCAAAGGCAGCAACAAAAGAACCAAAGAACCAUCAGGUAAAAAGCUGAACAAAGAUAGUGGGUCGAAUGAGAGUGAGAUAGUUAUCAGAGAGGAAGAGGAGACAAAGAAAAAAGGAAAAAAGGAAAAGGGUAGAAAAGCUCCUGUAGAAGUCAGCGAGGUAGAGGAGACAGAGCCAAAGAAAAAGAAGAGGAAAAAGGAAAGCGCAAAGGGAAUGGAAGAGCCAUCAUUUAUUAAAUGUGAAGAAAAUGAGGAUGGGCAGAGAGAGGCCAAUGACACAAGAAGCAAGAAGGACAAAAAGAAGAGGAAGAGUGCUGCUGAGGUGGAACAGGCGGAGAAUGAUGUUCGUGUUGAAACUGGUUCGAAAAAGAAGAAGAAAAAGAUUAAAGAGGAGGUGGAAGAUGAACAGGUGUAUCCCCAAAAGGACGUGGUGUUUCUUUCAGAGAAGAGUGGAAACACUGAUGAGGUCACUAUCAACCAGGAGAGGAGACAAGCUCUGCAAAUGGAGAUUGACAAGGCCUCUCAACCUGAAAAACCAGCUAAACCUUUGGGUUUGGGUCAGUGGAGCACUGCUCAGUUCAACAGCUGUGAACAGCAGCAGAAAUUCCUCCGCUUGAUGGGAGGCUUCAAAAAGGGUUUCCAGCCGGCCACAGGGAGCAGCACCGGAGGAGCCAAUAUGGCAAUGGGGAAGGAGGCACAGCAGCAGUUACAGCAAGGGCUUCUGGGAGAGUUUGAGCGUGCUCACUCACGCAGAAUGGACUUCACUAACAGGGGGGCUGGACUUGGGUUUACUGCACCGUCCAAUAAGAAGUUCUUUAUUGACAUCAAUGCAAGUCGAUCGGUCCGCUUCGAUGACUGAUCAAAGUGAUCCAUUUUUUUAUUUUUAUUUUUAAUUUUUUUUUAUGUGUGGUUUAAGCUUUGGAUUCAUACACUGGUUCACUGGAGAAUCUUUAAACUUGUAUAUAAAUUAAUAUUAGACGAGGAAACACAACAGACAAUUCUGUUUGUACAUACUGUAAAUUAUACAUCCUCUUGCUUGAGGAACUGUUUUUAUGUAGAAGAUUGUGACUGAGAAUCAGUUUCUCACAAGUAUUUGUGUGAUUUCACUGUUUUGUGGCUGCAAAAUGUUGUUCUCCUUAUUUCAGAUUUUCUGUUUGAUGUUCUAGACUAAGAUUUUUUGACUGUUAAUUACUUUGUUCUAAUAAUGGCAAAAGGUGACUACAAACACAAUGUGUUAGAUGCAGUGUUAGAUGACACAUUGAUUUUUACUCCUAUUGUUGUUUCACAUUUAAUAAUCCAGUAUUUUUUGUGACAGAAAAGACUAAGGAUGUUAAAUAAUGUGUAGGGAGAAAGAAUGCUUGCAGUGUGUUUGCAGUGAUUAUGAGGCGGCUGUCCUGCCAGUUGUGUAGAUGUGAGCAGCUGUAUGGCUAAAAAUCACUUGUGCCAUCUCCUUUCAUUUCUGAAUACAAAAUGGCAUCACUUGAAUCAGUCUGGAUAAGAUGGAAUACUAAUGUCACUUGUUUUGAUAGUCAUUUUAUUUCAAUCUUGCACAUGACAUAUGCUGUAAAGUGAAGAGAGAAUAAGGAAAGUAAAAGUACAUUUUACUUCAAAAAUAAAAUGGAAACAUUUCUG